CCUCCCGCCCAGCCAGGUGCCCUUUUUAACGGGCUGCCGAGGCGCCCGGGCGCCGAUUGCGCAGCGCCAUGCCGAGCCCGGGAGACGGCGGAGGAUCGCGACGCAGGAGCAGCGGCCGGCAACAUGCGCCCGCCGGAGAAGCCUCUGCUGCUGCCGCCGCCCCUGCGCGUCUCUGUCGCCGCGGCCGCUUGCUGCCUGCUGCUCCUGCAGGUGGACGCCUAUUUCGGCCUGACUGGGAAAGAAGCAUUAACUCAGUUCCCUCUUCUGGGGCCCUCGACCAACCCUGCCCACUGGAAGGCUCACUUGAAGCAAUGCGACCUGCUCCGCUUAUCCCGUAAGCAGAAAAGGCUUUGCCGCCGAGAGCCAGGCCUGGCCGAGACCCUACGGGAUGCCAUCCGUCUCGGGGUUGUGGAGUGCCAGUAUCAGUUUCGCAACGAGCGCUGGAACUGCAGUCUUGACGGACGGGCCGACCUCCUGAAACGAGGUUUCAAGGAAACGGCCUUCCUGUACGCGGUGUCCUCGGCAGCUCUGACCCAUUCCCUUGCGCGGGCCUGCAGCGCUGGGCGCAUGGAGCGCUGCACCUGUGACGACUCUCCAGACUUGGAGAACCGCAAGGCGUGGCAGUGGGGAGUGUGCGGAGACAACCUCAAGUACAGCACGAGGUUCCUGAAAAACUUCCUGGGCCAGAAGAAGGUCGGGAAAGACCUGCGGGCCAAGGUGGACAUCCACAACACGAACGUGGGCAUCAAGGCCGUGAAGAACGGCCUCAAGACCACGUGCAAAUGCCACGGGGUUUCCGGCUCGUGCGCCGUGCGGACCUGCUGGAAGCAGCUGUCCCCUUUCCACGAGACGGGGAAGAUCCUCAAGCUUCGCUACGACGGCGCCGUCAAGGUCUUCAGCGCCACCAACGACGCGGUGGGCCAGUCGGAGCUGGCGAGCCCCCAGCACCACAGCCACUUGCCGAAAGUCCCCGCCGGCCCACGCCAAACCGACCUGGUUUACAUGGAGGACUCUCCCAGCUUCUGCCGGCCCAGCCGGUACUCGGUGGGCACGGCAGGGAGGACGUGCUCCCGGGAGGCCAACUGCGACAGCAUGUGCUGCGGCCGGGGCUACAACAUCCAGACGCGCAUGGCGACCUUCUCCUGCCACUGCCAGGUGCAGUGGUGCUGCUACGUCGAAUGUCAGCAGUGCAUGCAGGAGGAAGUGGUUUAUAGCUGCAAGCAGUGAGAAGCGGGCGCUGGCAAAUCCUGCGGGGAGACGGGCCUGCUCCUCC